CAACGCGGAUGUCUAGAGCAUACGGUCAUUGGUCUAAACGAGAGUCUACGUCCGGGCACGUUAUUGUUGCAUCAGAAAUUGUAGACAGGUGAUAUGUCAAGCUCGGGAGGGUUAGGUAAGUAUUGUAAUCGAUGCAUGUUUUUAAUAUUUCCAGAUAUCAGCAGCGGCUCUUGAAGGCAAAUGCGUUUAUUCAUAAUUUGAGGCGCGUUCUCAGACUUGAAAUUAUUGCAGGAUAUUGAAUGUUGGCUAUGGUAAGGCUAGCUAUUUCAAUAGUAAAUUAAAUGAAUACACACCUACAGCGUCAUUGGGCAAAAUGUACGCAGCAUCACCUGGAGAUGUGUGCAACAAAAGUUCAACAUUCACCUUCUGCUACCAUUUCUGUCAAGCCAUCUACGCAUACAAUUUGAUGCAUAUGUUCGAUAAAUCCAACGUAUGCACCACACAGAACGCACUGCAACGCAAUGCUGUAAGGCAAACGCAGCGUUCCAUUGGAAAUUAAAAUGUACUUCUUGUGGAAGCUGUCGGUGUGAUCAAGCGUCCUGAAUAUAUUUAAAUUAAAGCCCGUUAGUGUCGAUUGCAGCUAGUAGUACUAGUUAUGGUCAUACUACCGUAUUCCUGGAAAAGGCUGAAUCAAGAUUUCACAAUGAAUGUCCAGAACAUGAGUAAUGACGAGGGCUGGAGAGUGACAGAAGAUAAAAGUGUUGUGUGAAAAUAGUCCUGACCAGUGUACUGGUGGCUGCGUGAUGCGCGGUACACCAGUCACGACUAUUUUAACAGAAUACUCAUAGCUACUGUUUCCAUCGCUUGUCAUGAGUCCUGUAAUGAAAAAAAUAACUGUUGUAUUGUCACAUUAAUUGUGAAAGCGAAAGCUCGAUUUCCAUCGCUUGUCAGGAGUCGUGUUCUGAAAAAAAUAAAUGUUGUAUUGUCACAUUAAUUGUGAAAGCGAAAGCUCGAUUCGACAUUUUCCAGGAAUAUGGUAGUAUAACCAUAAAUGGUGACAAUACAACAGUUUGUGAAAAUAUUUGCUACUACUGCUAGCUAGUCUUCUACAAACAGUAUCUCAACAUUGUUAAAGGGACAUUUUAAGAUUUCCUCCUGCACUGUUAUGAUCAUAAUACAGCUGUCAUAACAACCAAUGAUGGGGUCAAAACCCAAAAUGGAAGGUCAAUACAGCAUUGUUUGUUGUCGUUUGAGUAUUUGUAAAUAAACAAUGAAUAUACUGUAUAUGAUGCACAUCUCAUUGCAUCCUAUAACUCCAUUUAUGAAUUUGACAGGUUAGACUCUCAUCUGCCAGUUCACCAAACAAAGUGGCAGGGUCAGGUUGUUGAAAUGAUAGCUUGGGCCUUUAAGUUAAACAAAAUCAGAUGAAAUAGCCAAAGCUACUAGCCAGCUAUCCGCUUUCAAAUGGCAUUGAUCAGCAAGAGGUUUGAUUAACAAAUACAGCAGCACGAAGUUAUUGGCCAUCAAUUCUUUGCCAUGUCUAGACACCGAAACCAAUCCCAAUUAGUUUGUUUUUCAAUGGUGUGUUGUCGGUGUGGGUGAAUGUGUGCUGUCUUGUUUUCUACAGCCUUUGAUUAUGGCUUCUUGCUGCACACACGUGACGAGGUCACCGCCACCAUGGCCCUGAAUGAGUACCUGAGCUCCCGCAGCUACCUGGCUGGGUUCAGCCCCUCUCGGGCGGACCAGGAGGCCUUUGAGCUCCUGCACAGGCCCCCGGCCCCGCAGCACGUGCACGCUCUGCGUUGGUACAGGCACAUAGCAGCCCUGCAGCGGGACACCCCCAGCCCAGAUAGCAGCAGUGAGUAGAGUCCAGGGCCCAUGGCCUGGACAGGAUAGGGAUGCUCCCCUUAGACUAGAGUAGCCCACUGCAUAAGGGCAGUCAUGGCAUCCCCCCCCCCCCUAUACUAGACCAAUAGUGCAUGGUUACUUUGGAUUGUUGGAAUGUCGGCUAUAGUAAGGUUAGCUUUUUCAAUUGCCAAUGAAAUUAAUGCCAUUCUUCUAGCUAUGAUCAGGCGUCCCGGAUGUAUUUAAAUCGGGGAUGGGCACCUUUGAUGGGGGUGAGGGACACAAAAAAACUCCUCAUGAGGGGCUGGAGUGGCUCGUGGGUAAAGGUUGAUUUUCGCUUUCACAAUGAAUGUGACCUUUCACUGCACCUAUCUAGUGUAGGUGACAAUACAAGUUUUUUUUUUUUUUUUUUUUUUUUUCCAUGUCCAGAACAUGAGUCAUGACAAACGCUGGAGACUUUGACAGUAGCUAUGAGUAUUCUGUGAAAAUAGUCCUGACCGUUGUGCUGGUGGCUGCGUGAUGCUCGGUACACCGGUCACGACUAUUUUCACAGAAUCCUCGUAGCUACUGUCUCCAGCGCUUGUCAUGACUCAUGUUCUAAAAAAUAAAUAUGUUUUAUUGUCACACACAACGGAUGGUUGCAGUGAAAUGUGACAUUCAUUGUGAACGCGAAAGCUCAAUUCAACCUUUUCCAGGAAUAUGGUAGUACAACAAUAAAUGGUACUAGCUGGUCACUUUAGUUUCAGGCUUAUGGCGAUACCCUUGUGAUCUGCUGACAGCCCCUCAUUGGCAUGAUUAGCAUAAUGUUUUUGUUUUUUUGUCCUGUAUUCUUUUGUCAACAGUGUUAAAGGCUAGUGGCAGGAGGACCACCGUUUUUGUUGAUUAAUUUGAGUAUUUCCCAGCCCUGAUUUUUCCCAUCACACCUGUGUUCCUUCCUGUGUGGGUUUUGUGUUUGUUUGUGACACGCACUUUGAGGGCUAGCUAGUGUGUUGCUUUCCACUCCUCCCCCCACACAAACUAGGCCUACUGUUAGCAGGCCUGCAGCGUUGAUGAAGGCCCACCGACUGCAUUGUGUGCUGUGCUCUGGAGACCAGGGCCCAGAUUCACAAAACCUUCCUAAGAAUACAUUUCUUAAGAAGAUUACGUUUUUGUGUAAGAAGUGUUUUGUGAAUCUGGGCCGGGGGGGGGGGUGUUAUCAUAGCGGUGACUUGCAUACCCUCAGACAGUUGCCCGCUCAAAUCACCACUCAAAAUGCCUCAACCGUUUUAAAUGGGGAAUCCAGCGAUUUGACAGAAUUCAAUCAUUUGCCUGACCUUAAAUGUGACACCAUUUUAACAGCAUACCCUUUUCAGAGAAAAGUUUGACUAAUGUUCUUAUAAAAUGUGUCCUGUGUUUUUUUUUUUAGUAAAGGGAAAGCGGGUCCAGCCCCCCUGGUCUGCCCCAGCCGGGUCCAACGUGCCAAAGCUGAGACUCUACAACAGCCUCACACGCACCAAGGUGACAUUUUUACCUUAUUUUGUUUUGCUUGUUUCAGAGCCCUUUUGAAUGGCUGAAUCCUUAUGAUCAAAUAGGAAAGAAGGACAAUGAAUGUCAAUGACCGCAUAAAGGUUUAGAUUUUGAUCCCAUCUCUGUAGCUCAGUUGGUAGAGCAUGGCAAUUGUGACGCCAGGGUAGUGGGUUCGAUUCCCGGGACCACCCAUACGUAAAAUGUAUGCAUGCAUGACUGUAAGUCGCUUUGGAUAAAAGCGUCUGCUAAAUGGCAUUGACUAUUAUUAAUACCGUAGUGUUAUUAUUGCAGGAGCUGUUUGUUCCCCAGAAUGGAAACAAGGUGCUGUGGUACUGCUGCGGACCCACUGUCUAUGAUGCCUCUCACAUGGGACAUGCCAGGUAAAGUUCAGUUCAGGAAGUAACAAGACUAGCAGUUUGACAGCCAUACCUCUCCACAGAGCGGUUUAGUCCAAUAGGUUUAGUCCAAUAGUCACAAAUAGAAGAAGAAAACAGAAAUAUGUCAAUGUGCAGGUGAGGUGGCAAACCUGAUAAGGGCUUACAACUCACCUAACUGGCAUUUCAAUUACUUUAAAGGUGCAAUAUGUAACUUUUUGGUUGACCUGACAAAUUCACAUAGAAAUGUGUGUUAUAGAUCUGUCAUUCUCAUUGAAAGCAAGUCUAAGAAGCGGUAGAUCUGUUCUAUAUGUGCUAUUUCUAUGCUGUCCGUUCUAAAGUUUUGUUUUUGAGUUUUUUACUUUCGGUUUUGUACACCAGCUGAAAAUACAACAUUUUUGGUUAUGGAGAAUAUAUUUAACAGCGGUUUAGAUGGUACAAUGAGUCUCUACACUAUACUUGCUUGUUUUGUCACAUAAACUGAAAUUAGGCAAACUAUUAGAAUUUGAGCAACCAGUAAAUGGUGGAGUGAUUUCUGCAUAGUGCAUCUUUUAAUGAUGACAUUUUGAUAAUUACAUUUUUAUGGAACAGACGGUCAUACUUUCCUGACUCAUAACUGUUCUUGAAAAUAAUAGUCUAGAACUAAGACUAUUUCCUGCUGUAGAACGUUCAAAUCAGUUUACAGAUGUGUGUUCAAAUCGGUGUGUCCAAAUCAAAUGAUUGAUUCCUUUGUUUUCCAGAUCUUACAUAUCUUUCGAUAUCCUCCGAAGGAUACUGAUGAACUAUUUCAAAUAUGACGUGUUCUACUGCAUGAACAUCACUGACAUAGAUGACAAGGUAACCAGCAAUGAAGCAGUGAUUGUACAAAACAACAUAUUGUGCCCUUCUGUUGUGCUAACUGAAUGGUUGGCUGAAUGGUCAGUGAUAAUUUCUCUUGUCUGUCAGAUCAUCAGGCGGGCCAGACAGAACUACCUCCUGGAACAGUACAGGGAGAAGAAGCCAGCGGUUGCCCAGAUACUGCAGGAUGUCCUUAGUGCCAGAGGGGUAAGACAUCAAACUUCUAUAGUUUCUAUAAAGUUCAUGACAAAUGAAUCAGUCGUUAUUUACAGGUGUGGCUGCGUGAUUGGUCAUCUGUUGAACAGUGUUUGGCAUGUCCUGGGCAUACUUUCAGGUUCUAAAGUUCACCCCUGUGUGGUGGGUGCAAAUGAACCAGUCACACAUAUAUAGAGAGAGAGAGGUGAACUUUGGCGCUGGAUGCCACAUUACCACCUCAAAACAUUCCAUUCACUCCAUAUAUAUCAUUUGCAGCCCUUCCAGGCCAAGCUGGCCGAGACCACAGACCCAGACAAGAAACAGAUGCUGGAGAGGCUGGACUCUGCCGUCUCUGCUGCCCUGGGACCCCUGCAGGGGGCGGUGGAGAGCAAGGCUGGGGAGGCUGACAUACAACGCCUGGCUCAGGUAAGAUUUCCUCCCUGCUGUGCAACAUGAAUCUCUAUGGCUCCAGAUAAGUCAAAUACACUUCCAGAGGUUUGGACUGAGCUAGAAAGUCAAGUCACAUUUUAUUGUCUCGACACAGUCCAGUGGAGGCUGCUGAGGGGAUGGCUCAUAAUAAUGGCCGGAAUUACAUUUUUUAUUUAACCAGGUAAGCCAGUUGAGAACAAGUUCUCAUUUACAACUGCAAAUGGAUGGAGCAAAUGGAAUGGCAUCAAACACCUGGAAACCAAGUGUUUGACGUACUUGAUACCAUUCCACUGAUUCCACUCCAGUCAUUACCACAAGCCCCGUCCUCCCCAAUUAAGUUGCAACCAACCAACCUCCUGUGAGACAAUUUUACGAAAAAGAAAACAACAUAACAGAAGUCAAAUGUGUUCUUUUUUUUGAAGGUGUUACUGGAGGAGGCCAAAGACCUGCUGUCUGAUUGGUUGGAUGCUCAGUUUGGCAGUCAAGUGACCGAGAACUCCAUCUUCUCUCUUCUUCCAAAGUUCUGGGAAGGGGAGUACCACAAGGACAUGGACGCCUUGAAUGUAGGUGGAAGCGCACACAACUCGUAUAACGUUCAUAUUUAUAAUGAAUUGUUAAUAGUAUUUUACUAUGAACUUUUCUAGUGCCAAUGCUUCUUAUCAGAGGAGCACACAUAACUAUCAUGUCACAUGACCUGAAUUUGUACCUUUUUAUUGAAAGCUUUUUCAUCAAACUGUCCCCUUUUCGUUCUGUCAGAUAGUCCAGUACCAUCCUCUGAUAAUGAUAAUAAUAAUAAUGAUGAUGAUGAUCCUCUGAUAAUUGCUACUAAUUUCUGGAUAAGGGUUAAAACACAGGAUGAAAUAUUAUUUCACAUGAUUGUGCAAAAACAUGGGGCCCUAUGAUUUAAACCAUGCAGUAAUGUAACAUUUAAUAUUUCUAAUUGUUAAUCAUAUUUUACUAUUAAAAUUACUAAUUUUCUAGUGCCAAUCUGAUGGUGAUUGGUAAAUCACUGAUUUCCCCACCUGUUCUGUGUGCAACCCCCAGGUCCUUCCCCCAGACGUACUCACCCGGGUCAGCGAGUACUGCCCAGAGAUCGUGGACUUUGUGAAGAAGAUCCUAGACAAUGGCUUCGGGUAAGGGAGAAAUGGUCUCUGUUAACAGUCAGGCCUCCAUCCUCCUAUAUAGUUUUAAAACAAGUCUUUGUUCAUCUCUCUCUCACUCGGGUUAUUUGUCUUUUCCUGACGGCAGGUACGAGUCCAACGGUUCCGUUUAUUUUGACACAGCCAAGUUUGACACCAGCCAGAAGCAUGCGUACGGCAAGCUGGUACCUGAAGCGGUCGGUGACAUGAAAGCUUUGCAGGAGGGAGAGGGUAACAACAAUGAUAAUAUCAGUCAUUUAUAAACCACUUUAAAAAACAAAAAAACUAAGGGCUACAAUGUAUGCGAGUCAUUGGUUGUCCACUGUGGCCUGCAGGAGACCUGAGUGUCUCGGCAGACCAGCUCAGUGAGAAGAGGUCGCAGAAUGACUUCGCCCUGUGGAAGGCCUCUAAGCCGGGGGAGCCGUCCUGGGACUCGCCCUGGGGAAAGGGACGUCCAGGCUGGCAUAUCGAAUGUUCCGCUAUGGCUGGUUCCAUCUUGGGAGAAUCCAUGGACAUCCACGGGGGAGGGUUUGACCUCAGAUUCCCCCAUCACGAUAAUGAGUUGGCUCAGUCCGAGGUAAGAGUUUUUUUUUUAGUCUCAAGUGAUCUGUUUCUAUGACAUGGACGGUGGUCCGAUUUGUGCACUCCCAAGUGUGCACUUGUUCACUCCCCCUCUAGGAUUUGAAAGCAUUGGAAGGCGUGAGCAUGGGCUAUAGUAGCAGCAUAUUUCUUACUCCAGUUCAUUCCUUAUAAAGUCCACAAGGGCAAGUGAAUGAGUGCACACUUCGGGGAGAAGGGUAGGGAAUUGGAACGCAACCGUAGUAUUCGAGUGGAAUAACAAGCAGGAUACUUGUUCCACGCAGGCUUACUUUGAGAACGACCACUGGGUUCGCUACUUCCUGCACACUGGUCACCUGACCAUCGCAGGUUGCAAGAUGUCCAAAUCUCUCAAGAACUUCAUCACCAUCAAGGAUGCCCUGGCGAAGAACACAGGUGAAGAGACUUCUCAGUAGCCACAAAAACAAUGGCUUUAUGUUAUGUCAAUGUGGGUGUCAGGAGUAUUUGUGUGCGUGCGUGGCGUCUGCGUGCAAGGUAACAGCUGUUCUCUGUGUGUUCCCCUCAGCUCGGCAGCUCCGUCUAGCCUUCCUGAUGCAUUCCUGGAAGGACACCCUGGAUUACUCCCCCAACACCAUGGAGUCAGCUGUCCACUAUGAAAAAUUCCUGAAUGUAAGUGAUCUAGCCCAGGGGUGCACCUCUAUAGUUUUAAAGGGGUGUAGUUUGACAUUUUGGCAGCUAAGCCCUUUUAUGUCACUGUGUGCAGUUUAAAGGUAGUUUCCUAGAGCCCAGGGCCUGCGUUAUGGCCGGGUCUUAGAGGGGCCUGGCCCGCCCUACCGUACCUCCUUGCCCGUCUAAAAUCAAAUAUUUCAAUAUUGAUUAUUUAUUUGACCGAGAUGGACGCUGACAAGUAUCCGAGCGAGCGAAACAGCGCCCCUCUGUCUCAGUAUGUGUAGCCCAUGUAUCUGAUGCUAUCUGGCCAAAAAGAGUAUAACAUGUCAUCAUUGUUUGGGCCAGACUGCAUCAGAUACAUGGGCUACAUACAGUAAGACAGAGGUGCUGCUUCGCUCGCUCGGAUGCUUUCUCCGGUCAGAUGGUUUCAGACACUUGUGAAUUGAAGGAAAGUUGGCCGGUGCACUGUUCGGAUGCUGUAAUUAUUUGGGACGAACGUACGAAGGUAACUUACUUUUUCAAGUGAUUUGUUUGACAAUUGGAUGAAAACAUCAUGACUGAUUUUGUGUUCAUGCCACAUUAAAAGCUAAUACAUGUUUACAGUUAAAUGACAUGUCUUUACUAUAAAACCCGUAAAAAAAAAAAAAAAAUGACAUGCCAUACUCUUUUUGGCCAGAUAGCGUCAGAUACAUGGGCUACACAUACUGAGACAGAGGGGCGCUGUUUCGCUCGCUCGGAUACUUCUUGGCGUGCAUCUCGGUCAAAUAAAUUGUGGAAGUCCAAAUGCCUGUCCAACUGAUUCAUUCUGGCGCCGGCCCUGACUGAGCCAUUGCCAACUAGCGUUAGCGCAAUGACUGGAAGUCUACAGGAACAGCUAGCAUGUUCGUGUAGGAGUGUUUUAUUGUCAUUGAAUAGUUUUGUUUUCUUCUUCUAUCCGGCUCGAAGGACUCAGUGCACCUGUUCGAGUCCGCUGACCACGAGGUUCUUCUUCCUCUCCUCACAGGAGUUUUUCCUCAACGUCAAAGACAUUCUCAGAGCUCCCUGUGACAUCACCGGACAGUUUGAGAAGUGGGAGGCAGCCGAGAUGGAGCUCAACGAGAGGUGAGGGGAGAAACAUUACAAGCCUGGUGUUAACGAUCAGGUUUGGUAAUGAUGCCUUUCGUUAUGUGGUCGUUAAAGUCACUUGGCGCCUGGCCUGGAGUUACCUUUUUUGAAACCUCUAACGAGGCAUGGCACACUAAAAUCUAUACAUCUGAAGGCUUCAUUUAAAAAAACAUUUUUAGUCAUUUAGCAGACGCUCUUAUCCAGAGCGACUUACAGUUAGUGCAUACAUUAUUUGAUUUUUGUCAUACCCCCCCGUGGGAAUCGAACCCACAACCCUGGCGUUCGCAAACGCCAUGCUCUACCAACUGAGCUACAUCCCUGCCGGCCAUUCCCUCCCCUACCCUGGACGACGCUGGGCCAAUUGCGCGCCGCCCCAUGGGUCUCCCGGUCGCGGCCGGCUACGACAGAGCCUUCAAUAAGGUUUCAGUGGUUCAAGCUUCAUAACAGAAUUUUUGUAAAGAGUGCUGAUGUAACCUUAGUAGUCGUUUGUCAUUCCAUGUCAUGUUUUAUGACAACCCUGUGUUGCAGGUGUAAGGGAGUCCUCAAAUAAAGUACCUCUUCAUCAUGUGCUCUGAAUGACUGCCCCCUGUAGGCAGCUCACUGUGUAGACUAGAGAGUAAACCCCGCCCACUCCUCCAUUGACCCUGUCUGUGUAGUUUCUAUGAGAGUAAACCCCGCCCACUCCUCCAUUGACCCUGUCUGUGUAGUUUCUAUGAGUAAACCCCACCCACUCCUCCAUUGUCCCUGUCUGUGUAGUUUCUAUGAGUAAACCCCGCCCACUCCUCCAUUGUCCCUGUCUGUGUAGUUUCUAUGAGUAAACCCCGCCCACUCCUCCAUUGACCCUGUCUGUGUAGUUUCUAUGAGUAAACCCCACCCACUCCUCCAUUGACCCUGUCUGUGUAGUUUCUAUGAGUAAACCCCGCCCACUCCUCCAUUGUCCCUGUCUGUGUAGUUUCUAUGAGAGUAAACCCCGCCCACUCCUCCAUUGUCCCUGUCUGUAGUUUCUAUGAGAGGAAGGCAGCAGUCCAUGAGGCGCUGUGUGACAACGUGGACACGCGCAGCACCAUGGAGGAGAUGAGGGUGCUGGUGACCCAGAGCAACACCUACAUAGCCAGCAGGAAGAGCUCCAAGCUGCAGCCCAACCGCAUGCUGAUGAAGAGCAUCGCUCUCUACCUGACUGACAUGCUCAAGGUGAGGGAGAGUUUGUGCAGCAUACCAGGGGGUGUAUUCAUUAAUUGCACACUGUUGCAAAAUGUUUUGCACCAUAGCAAGACGUUUUGCAACCAAAAAUGAGUUUCUAUUGGACAAAUUCAGUCCCCUCCCUCUUUCAUUACGUUUGCUUUUGUUUGGUUCCUAGUAAAUACAUCCCAGUAUUACUCACAAGACUAGAGCUGAAGUCUGCUGUGCAAGAUAAACCCAUUUGAAUGAGCCAUCUCAUGACAAAACAACGGUGCCAUCACAUAAAUCUUGUGAAUACAUUCAGUAUUAAAAAUGACAAGCGAUGUAGAAAGUGAAAACGGGUCACGUGAUAUUUACACCACUGUAGCUAAGCGGUAAGAUAGAAACCUGUUCAGUCCUUUUACAGAUCAGGAGACCACAUCCUUUUGUUCUGAUCCAUUUCUCUAUCCCUGUCUGUGUUGUAGACCUUUGGGGCCAUUGAAGGGUCAGAGCCUAUUGGAUUCCCAGUGGGAGGAGAUGGUCAGCAUGUGGAUGUAAGUAUUGAGCUGGAGAUAACAGGUUGCUUCUUGGCAGUCGAGGUGCUUUCAACAUGAUCUACUGUUAGGAUUAGCCACUUUUCAACAUGCUCUACUGUUGGGAUUAGCCACUUUUCAACAUGAUAUACUGUUGGGAUUAGCCACCUUUCAACAUGAUAUACUGUUGGGAUUAGCCACCUUUCAACAUGAUAUACUGUUGGGAUUAGCCACCUUUCAACAUGCUAUACUGUUGGGAUUAGCCACCUUUCAACAUGCUAUACUGUUGGGAUUAGCCACCUUUCAACAUGCUAUACUGUUGGGAUUAGCCACCUUUUCAACAUGCUAUACUGUUGGGAUUAGCCACCUUUCAACAUGCUAUACUGUUGGGAUUAGCCACCUGUCCCUUCAACAUGCUAUACUGUUGGGAUUAGCACCUUUCAACAUGCUAUACUGUUGGAUUAGCCACCUUUCAACAUGCUAUACUGUUGGGAUUAGCCACCUUUCAAAAUGCUAUACUGUUAGGAUUAGCCACCUUUCAACAUGCUAUACUGUUGGUAAUUAGCCACCUUUCAAAAUGCAAUACUGUUGGUAAUUAGCCACCUUUCAACAUGAUAUACUGUUGGGAUUAGCCACCUUUCAAAAUGCAAUACUGUUGGGAUUAGCCACCUUUCAAAAUGCUAUACUGUUAGGAUUAGCCACCUUUCAAAAUGCUAUACUGUUGGUAAUUAGCCACCUUUCAACAUGAUAUACUGUUGGGAUUAGCCACCUUUCAAAAUGCUAUACUGUUGGUAAUUAGCCACCUUUCAACAUGAUAUACUGUUGGGAUUAGCCACCUUUCAAAAUGCAAUACUGUUGGGAUUAGCCACCUUUCAACAUGCUAUACUGUUGGUGAUUUGCAUCCUUUCAACAUGCUACACUGUUGGGAUUAGCCACUUUUCAACAUGCUACACUGUUGGUAUUAGCCACUUUUCAACAUGAUAUACUGUUGGAAUUAGCCACCUUUCAACAUGCUACGCUGUUGGGGAUUAGCCACCUUUCAACAUGCUACACUGUUGGGAUUAGCCACCUUUUAACAUGCUACACUGUUGGGAUUAGCCACCUUUCAACAUGCUACACUGUUGGGAUUAGCCACCUUUCAACAUGCUACACUGUUGGGAUGAGCCACUUUUCAACAUGCUACACUGUUGGGAUGAGCCACCUUUCAACAUGCUACACUGUUGGGAUGAGCCACCUUUCAACAUGCUACACUGUUGGGAUGAGCCACCUUUCAACAUGCUACACUGUUGGGAUUAGCCACCUUUCAACAUGCUGCACUGUUGGGAUUAGCCACCUUUCAACAUGCUAUACUGUUGGGAUUAGCCACCUUUCAACAUGCUGCACUGUUGGGAUUAGCCACCUUUCAACAUGCUAUACUGUUGGGAUUAGCCACCAGCAUCUCUCCUCAUAGUUUGUAGUGGUCCUCUGUAGCUCAGUAUGGCGCUUGCAACGCCAGGAUAGUGUGUUUGAUUCCCGGGAUCACCCAUAUUUAUGCAUGCAUGACUAAAUCACUUUGGAUUUUAAAAUAAAUCCUAUUGUUGUUAUUAUAUCCGUGUUCUCGUAGACGUUGCGAUUCUGUGUACGUUUCCACUCAAGCUAACUGAGGCUGCUUGCAGAUGGAGAACACGGUGAUGCCCUAUCUGAAGGUGCUGUCAGACUUCAGAGAAUCCGUUCGCAAAAUCGCCAGAGAACAGAACGGUAAAUACUUCCUCCCAAGUUAUUCAAAGAAAAAUGACAUUUAACACGGUUGCCUGCUGCUGGAGAUGUGAGGAUUGUAUACGUGGUGACUGACUCUGUCUGUGUUCUCAGUGACAGAGGUGCUACAGCUGUGUGACGGGGUCCGUGAUGACACCUUACCUGAGCUGGGGGUGCGUCUAGAAGAUCAUGAAGGUAAAGCCACUGACCACAAUAUGUACACACACACACACACACACACACACUGCUUUUUAUAGAUCAACAAAAACUAGUAGCAGCCAGAGUCGUGACUGUGUUAUCUUGUCGUCGUUAGGCCUUCCCACGGUGGUGAAGCUGGUGGAUAAAGAAACGCUCCUGAGGGAGAAGAAUGAGAAAAAGAAGAUGGAGGACGAGAAGAAGAUAAAAAAAGAGGAGGCUGCCAAGAAGAAGCAGGAGCAGGAGGUUAGUAGGACCGUAGAGGUAGAGCAACAAGUCCUCCAUGGCCAUGUCCGUGCUAAAACGGGUUAUAUACAUCUAGACUCCUUACUUUUAUUUCGUAUUAUUUUAUAUUGUAUUUUUUUUGUGAUUUUAUUUUUUUGAAUUCUUUCUUAAAACUGCAUUGUUGGUAAAGGGCUUGUAAGUAAGCAUUUCACUGUAAGGUCUACACCUGUUUUAUUCGGCGCAUGUGGCAAAUAACAUUUAAAUUUGAUUUUAUAUAUAUAUGGUAGGACCACUGUCUUCCGAGUCCGCCACUAACUGAUCUGAGAGCAGUAAUAAUGUUAUCAGCCUCGUGUCUAGAUGUAGGUAUAUUGAUGUGUCCCCUCUGCUAACUGAUCUGAGAGCAGUAAUACUGAUGUUACCAGCCUCAUGUCUAGAUGUAGGUAUAUUGAUGUGUCUCUGUUCAUGGUUGUUUCAUCACAGUUGGCCAAACUGGCAAAGAUGAAAAUCUCCCCAUGUGAUAUGUUCCGCUCUGAAACAGACAAGUAUUCCUGCUUUGAUGAAACGGUAAAUAUAAACCAGUUGUAACCUCCUUGAUAUCUUCAGGCUACAAGGCUUUAUUGAAUAUCAAGUGUUUUAACAGCCAUGUUCUUCUCCUCCAACAGGGUUUCCCUACGCUUGAUGUGGAGGGGAAGGACAUCAGUAAGGGACAGGCCAAGAAGCUGCGGAAACUCUACGAGGCCCAGGAGAAACUGCACCAAGCGUAUCAGAAUGGCUGCUGAGAGUCCUGGGUCACGUUCAGUUGCCAAACGUUCUCGAACGCUGCAGAUAGUGAUGCCGCUAUUGGCUCUGACGUGAUUCCUUAAUCUACACGUCAGAGAAGCACGUUUGUUCCACAUAACAUAUUUCUAUCUGAACGUUCCAAAACGUUGCGUCCUGCUGAACGCGCCCCUGGAGGACGCUGCUCCGCCCCUCCGCCCAUAGCGACGGUUCUGUCCUCAUAUGUCGUUAUUCAGUUCCUCCAAUAAUUUCUUUGCUUGCUAAAUCAACAAUUUCCUGCAUAUUAUGUGAAGGCUUGCAAAUUUGACCAAUCACCGCAUUAUGUUCGCAUAAAAGCAGUCAAAUCAUCGGAAUAUUAUCGCAUAACAUUUUCCCAUCACCACAGUACAAAAAGUGCUCGCAAUUUCAACCAAUCAUCUCACAUCACCACAUAAUAGGGUUCAAUCAAGCCACACGUCAAAAAAAACUUUUUCCUUCAUCAGCGCAUUUUGUGACAAAAUUGGACUAAAUCAUUGUAUAUUGCCAUGCAAAAUGCCAGACUUGCAGCAGCAAAAUCAAGCAUUUUUUUUCUCUCCAGGAAAUACCACAAAAAAAAAUCACUGCGAAUUCCUGGAGGGACUGAGUAUUGGUGACAUUGAGGCCAGAGAGACACUGGGUGUGUUUCAAUUGUCUUAAGAAUGGUCUCCUCUCCUUUAUCAGGUGAAAGGUGAGGAGAUGAAACCGCAUUAGACUAUUGAGGUGCAUCCACUCUCCCAGUGUUGUAAGACCUUGGCACUAAACCUGGGUUCCUUUGCACUGCACUCCAUGGGGACACUUAAAGGGUUGGUUCAAUCAAAAUCAGUAAUUGAUUCAUUUCUUAUUUUGUGAUUGACCGCAACUACGGUUCGGAUUCAGUUACUGUCCUACAGCUACCACUGGCUAAGAUUGGUAUUGAUAACCUCAGAUUCACCUGUUUAAGCUUUAACUAAAUUGCGUGCCAAAACGAACUUCGCGUGAAACCACGUCUGGGGGUCAUCGAUAGCGUUGCUAAUGUUAGUCUGUGGUUGCUUUAGCAAAGUAAUAAUAACCUACUAUUCGUAGUUGUGGUCACUCCCUGGCCCGAAGACAACCUGCAAGCUGAAAACGUUAUGACCUUUGGGUGAACUAUCCCUGUAGGCAACAGUUUGUCUAUUCAAAGGGGAAAUGAGACCUCUGAAACCCUGUUGGCUUUGGCUUCCAUGUGCUGUAGAUUGACUCUAGUCACACAAUGCUAGUUUUGGCUCUCCACUGCAAAGUGCUAUUCACAGUGCUGUUAUUGGUUGGCAGCGUGUCAUACAGCCGUCCAUUGAGGUUUCAUUUCCCUCUUCCCCACCGUGACUGCAUAUCAUUCCUUUUGUAUUCUGAUAUUAUGACUGAGGACAGUGAAGUUGAUAGAUGAAGUUGAAUUAAUGCACAAUUGCAAUGCAGAGAUGAUUACAGAAAAAUAUGUUAGAGGCCUUCUUGGGUUUUUUGGUCUUUUUAUGUGACAAAAUAACAUGCUUUGAGCAGGUGUUAGGCUUGUUACAACAAUCGAUAGCAGAGGGAUGAGACAUCUUGAUAGGAAUAUGGAAUGUGAGACUUUGAAGGAAAAAAAAAAAAGAUUUUAAACCAAAAAUGUAUUUUGUAUCUUCAGUUUUUGAAAUGGUUGAACAAAUAUUAAAUUGAGAUUCCAUAGAGCUAACAACUACAGCAGUGACCAUCUACUAGUUACCACACACACCUUCUGUUCAACAGAAACACAAAAAUCACAUCUGCAGAAUCAACAAAGGAUUUAAUAUUUAAGUGGCAUCUCCAGUAAACAAAUGUUACUGUUUAGUGAACAGCAAAUCACAAGUACAGUAUUCAAAUAUACAAUAUACUGUUUAUUUCAAAUUUUAAAGACAAUAUACGCUGUCAGCAGUAUACACUGAACAAAAAUAAAUGCAACAU